AUGAGAAGCAUAGCAAGUAGUAGCGAUAUGGCUAGCGAGAAAAUAAGUGAAUUUAAUAAAGGAUCAACAUGGAGUUCAUUAAGAUAUGACCAAAUAAUAGAAAGAAGAUAGAAACAAGGGACAAGUCAUAUGAAAUAUAAUCUUGGAUAUAUAAAUGUAAAUGUUUGUAACACUCCCAAAGCAGACUUUUUUAGCCAAUAUACUAUGGGGAAAUUUCUUGGUCAAGGAGGGUUUGGAACUGUUUGUGUAGGAAUUUAAAAGGUAACUAAUGUUAAAAGAGCCAUUAAGAUGGUCAGCAAAGUUACACUUAGCGAAAAAGAUAAACAAAUACUUUUGUAGGAACUCGCUCUACUAAAGUCAAUAGACCACCCUAACAUUCUAAAAAUUCUUGAACACUACGAAGAUGAUCAACACCACUUCUUUGUUACAGAACUUCUGUCAGGUGGUGAGCUGUUCACUAAAAUUAUGGAGUUAAAUGGCUUCAAUGAAGCUCAAGCAUCAGGUUAUAUGCGCCAAAUACUUUCAGCUGUUUCUUAUUGUCACCAACAAAAUAUUGUGCACAGAGACUUAAAGCCUGAAAACAUUCUGUUUACGAGUAAAAAGUCUGAUUAAAUCAAAGUUAUCGAUUUUGGAUGCUCGACAAAGUUUGAUAAAGCUAAAAAAAUAAAAGACAUUGCUGGAACAGUUUUAUAUCUUGCUCCAGAAGUAAUCAAAAAAAAUUUAUAUGAUGAAAAGUGCGAUAUUUGGAGUUUAGGGGUUGUACUUUACAUUAUGCUUUGUGGCUAUCCACCUUUCGAUGGCAAAAACGAUGAAGAAGUUUUUAAUUCAAUUUAAAAUAAAUAAGUAUAAUUCGAAGGUAAAGAAUGGGAAAAAAUUAGUGUUUAAGCUAAGGAUCUAAUAGAAAAAAUGCUCUAAAAGGAUCCAAAUCUUCGUAUUAGUGCAUAAUAGGCCUACUAACAUCCUUGGAUAUAAAAGAGUAUUAAAAGCUCUAACAUUUAAGAUGCGGUAAUGAAAAAUCUAGCAUAAUUUUCAGCUAGGAAUAAAGUGAAAACUGCACUUUUAAAUAUGAUCUCUUUGCAUAUACUGAAAAAUAAAGAGAAAGAGUAAAUUUUUUAAAAUUUUAUCGAACUUGAUAAAGAUGGCGAUGGCUAACUUUCAAAAGAAGAGCUAAUUGAAGGUUACGAAAGAUUAAUAGGAGACAAACAACAAGCAUAGAAAAUCGUUGAAUAUGUAUUCAAAGAGAUUGAUUAUGAUGGAUCUGGGAAAGUUAGUUUCUAGGAAUUCUUAGUUGCCACUGCUAGCAAAGAACAGAUUAUUACCAAAGAAAACCUCUACAAAGCAUUUGAUUUGAUUGAUGAAGAUAGAAAUGGAUAAAUUACAAAGGAUGAGCUGCAAAGAGUGAUAGGAGGAACCUCUUUAAAUGACCAGGUUUGGGAACAAAUGAUGAAAGAAUGCGAUGUGAAUGGUGAUGGAUAAAUUAAUAAACAAGAAUUUGUUGAUUUAAUGCUAAAAUGGGUAGAUUAUGAUUUAUUUAAAGCCAAAGACGAAGUUAUAUAAGCUGAAGAUAGGAGGGGAUAAAGAAAAGCCUCUUUAACAGAUGAUACUGCUCCAGUUAAAAGCUUAUAGAAUAAGUCAUCCACACCAAAAAAUAAUCUAUAGCUAAAAGAUUAAAGAUAUAACUAUAAAAAUCCUCCUUAGAGUAGCUCUUUGAAAUAAAAUUAUGUGCAGUACUCACCUAGCAAAUCAAGCUCCUAAAGAGGACCAAACUAUUCUUUAUACAAUAAUUACUACAGCAGUAGCCAAGGAAACUUCUAUUCAAGUCAUAAAUCGAUGGUAAAAAAUCAAAUUGAGUAGAGCAGCCCAUUGAAAAAUUAUAAUUAAAGAUCCAUCCAAGAAAAUAAAACAUCAAAAAAUAGCAUUUAAAAGAGUUUCAAAAAUCUCAAUGCUGAGACUGAAAGCUACUACAGCAACUUCUAAAACAAUUUUGAUUCAGCAUCCUUAGAAGUACACUCAUUGAAGAAAAUACCAACAAUCUCUGCUGCAAUUCAAGAAAAAUCUAAUAAUUCUAUAAACAAUUACAAUAAAAUAAAUACAUUUAGUAGUAAUGUUAAGACAUUUUAACCUUUAAAUACGGUUACAAGUAGCAUUUAAAAUUCUAAAGUUAAUUGA